AUGUUAGAUGAUGAAGAUGACCAAAGCUUUCACGCUACGCGUGACGGCUACUCCCAUUUGAGCGGUGUCGAUUGGGAUGCGAUUGAACGGAUGGGUUCAACCAUGGGCAUCCAUGCUGUUAGCGUCAUGCUAGAGGCUCUCAAUAGAGAUGCCCAACAUGCUACUAUCGCCAAGUUCAUUCAAAAUGAACUUGACGCAGAACGCGAGAAAGUAGCCUUGCUUCACCAACAAGGUUCUCAACAAGCAGAGUUGUUGAGAGAACAGGGUGCUCAACAGUUUGAACUGUUGAGACAGCAGCAGGCUGCUGCUGGUGGGUCGAUGCACUCGCGUCGACCCGAAACCUUGAAGAUUGACAUCUCUAAGUAUAGGGGAGUCGAAGAGGACUCCCUCUUGAGAUGGUUCGUCGAAUUGGAUGACGCCAUAAGGGCACGUCGCAUCGACGAUGGGGAUAUGCAAGUUGCAUUUGCCCAGUCAAAUCUGGCAGGCCCACGUGCCAAGACUUGGGCACUGGAGCUCAAGUUGCACGACCCAUAUGCGUUUGGGUCGUUGGAAGUCUUCAAGUCGCGGCUCAGACAAACGUUUGAACCGCCUAGAGCUGAGUUCAGAGCUCGAAUCGAACUCUUGAAGCUCAAGCAGGGUAAGCGUGAUGUGCACGCUUACGCGCAACAUAUACGACAUCUCACGAGUUGUAUAAGUUCCAAUCCGGUGGAUGAACACACGUUGGUUUCGGUGUUCAUGCAGGGUCUUGCGGAUGGUCCCGUCAAGACUCACCUGUUCCGACUUGAACUAGAUUCACUAGAACAAGCAAUUUUGAUUGCGGAACAGGAAGACUUCAGUCUGAGACAGGCUCGCGCCAGCUCGACAUCAUAUCGUCAACCGAGACGAUAUGACAACGGAGGUCCAGAGCCGAUGGAACUCUGUUAUGUAGAGAGCGAGAAGGCUCGCUCUACAGACUACAAGAAGUUGCAGAAAUGA